AUGACGGACGGGUUGCGAACGGCGCUUGCGGUGGUCGACGGCGGCGACGAGAGUAGUGUAUUGGAUUUUGAGAGAGUACAGGGAAGAAGUCGAGGGUGGAGUCAGGUGCUUUUUGCAAUAAAGCUUCGAUCUCAACUUCCUACUCAAGAAAACGAUGGGACGAUGGUUAAUCCAAAUGAAAUAAAUAAUGAGUAUUCUCUUCGUGGUUCGUGGUGUUUCUCUUUCCCAAAACUCCCUUUCUUCCUCCCUCCUUUUCUACCUCCCCAGCUGGCUGAACCUUCACACCUCCCUCCCACCACCGUCUCCUCCUCCAUCCAUCACCGAAACCUCCACAUCACGAAUCCCCUCACCUCCUCGCAAAUCGAAACUAGCCCUAGCGCAUCAGGAGGAACAACUAGGGUUUUGGUGUCCGUGACACGGAUUUUGAAGCACCAGUCACCGUGGAAGGCUCGAGAUGGGAGGUUCAUGGAGAGAAGGACAACGGAAAACUCUGCAUUUCAACUGUGGUUAAGAUGA